AUGUUUAUUUUACUCUCUCUAUCAGUAGUAUUAGGAUGUGUAGUGAAAAAUACAGAAUUAACAUAUUUAUAUCCUACUGAAAAUGAAGUGUAUAAAUUAUACAUGAAUGAAAUAUUUGAUGGCGAAGAUUUAUUUUAUUUAUGCUUUAUGCAAAAUUAAGAUGAUGGAUUUGAAUUUAAAGAUUAAAAUCUUAAAAGAUGUAAUUUCAAUGAUGAUGGACUUGAGGUAGAAAAUGUACUUACAGAAAUAUAAUCAAAAACAACAAUUGAUGAAUUUAAAUUACAUUUGCAAAGUAUUUCUGCUUAUCAAAAUUAUUUUUCUCUCAUUUAAACUCAAUCUUCUACAAAUAAAACUCCUAAUUACUUGGUUGCCUAUUAAGUAGAUUAUACUUAAAAAACCCUUAAAUAAUUAAUGAACUUAUCAAUAGAAAUUUAUAAUGAUACUUGUCUAAGCUAUAGUUCAGUAUAUGUAGAUUAGGAUUCCAUUAUCAUAGAUUGUUAUCAAAACAAUGAAUUUUAUUUCCUUUUAAUUGAAAAUAAUUCAACAAUUAACAUUUAUCAAUAAAGAACUACUGUCUAAAAUAUAUAAAAUUCAAAACUGAUUUACAGAAAUAAUUAUAUUAUAUAUGCAGUAUUUUUUUAGAAUAAUAGCUCAGUUUUAAGUAAUUACUAUUAUAAUUAAACAACUAAAAAUGCAAGUUGGUUAAGCGAAUUUACAAACUCCUCAAUAUUUACAGAUAUUUCAUUAAUGGCUAAUGAAAAUGAUAAUGAAAUUGCUAUUUUAAAUCUUACAAAUUGCCUUUUUAUUUCCUCUAUUAUGAAUUUAAAUGAGCUUAAACAAAUAAACUUCCCUGUUAAAGAUAAUUAAAAUUAUAACAACUAUUAUUUAGCUCUAAAACCAUUCCCUUCAUAUAAAUAUGGUUAAUUAUUAACUUCUUUUUAUGUUGUUAAUAAUAAUUUCUAUGAAAAUAUUUAUGAACUCUAAUUUAAUGGAACUAAUCUUACAUAUAUUCAUAUUUUUGACUCACCUAAUUAAUAUGAACUUAAUUUUAAUCUACCAAUUACUAUCUGUUUUAGUUCAAAUUUCUUAGUAGUCUAUCAAAACUAUUUCUAAACAUUUUUUUAUAUUGGAAAAUAUUCUAAUAAUCAUGAAUACUAAUCAAUAAGUCAAAUUUAUUCAAAUAAAAUCUAUGAUGACUCCUUAUAAUUAUUAUUAAAUUAUGAAUAGAACAUAUUAAUUGAAUUUUCUUAUAGACUGAAAUGGUAUCUGUUAAAAGAGCCAAAAUUAAAGAUAGAUAUCACUAAUUAGAAUAAAAUUGGAUAAAUUAAAAUUUUAGCUUAUUAGAAUCCAGAAGUUCAUGAAUAUUUCGAAUUAGUACAUUGUAAUCACACUCUCUAUUAUGAAUAGAUAAGUUAAUACAAUUAUAGUAUUUUAAAUUCAACCAAUUAAACAAAAUUGAAGGCAGUUUAAAAUUUUAAAUAAGUUUAUCGAUUAAAUAAUCAUUACACAGGACCUUUAAUGCAAUUAUCUUUCGAGUAAAAUUCCACCAAUUCGUCUAUAUCCAUUUCAAAUCCUUAAAACGAAGUUUUUUAAUAUAUAAAAAAUAAUCUUCCAAGUCUUUAAGUUAAUUAAUCCUAACUAUAUUUUAUUUAAGAUUUUGAAUUACUAUUUUAUGCUUGGACUUCUACUAAAUUUGAAAAUUAUGUUUUUUACACAAUUUGUUCAUUUUUCACAUUAGAAGUAAAAUGUUUGAAUGAAAUGAAUAUAUCUUGUGAUAGUAAUUUAUUAACAAACAUAUAAUUGAGUCAGCUGAAUUAAACAGAAAUUUUAUUAGUAUUUGAUUAGGGAAAUUAAAAUAUUUAGGUAUAUUCAAUUCAAUUUGAAUUCUAAAAAUUAGACUAAGGAAAUAUUCUUAUCAAUCUCAAUUAAUCCGUAUCUAAUUAUAAUUUUACUACAAGUAACUCAUUAAUAAACAUAACUCAAUUUUUAAUUCUUUAUAACAAAUUAAUAGUACUUAAUAAUCAAAAUGAGAUAAUAGUUUAAUUGCUUAGUUCCAAUACUACUUAAUAUGCUUCAUAUGUAAUCAAUUAAUCUACAAUAGAUUAAUGUAUCAGUAAUUAUUCUGGUAUCUAAUUUACACCUAUUUAGAUUGCUAUUAAUUAGUUAUCAUUUCAAUCAAAUUUGUUAAUAAAUAAUAAUGAUAGUAUUAUUAUCUUAGGAUUGUUCACUUAAUCUUAUUUAAAUCAAAAUUUCACCGUAUUAUCUUACAAAUAAGUAGGGUAUAAAAUUUAUUAAAUCUUUGCUCUACAAAUGUACAUAAUUAUAACGAAUAUAACAAAUAUAACAAAUAAUAUGAUAAACUUUAUAGUUUAUGAGAUAUCUGAUAUUUCAAAUCCUACCUUUUACAAACCCUUACCAAAUUGUACAAUUUAUCCAGGCUGGUAAAUUAUUUCAGACAACUAUUUUUUUUAUGUAAAAUAAAUAAAUUCUAAUAUCUUGGUUUACGAUUUAGGUUUACCUUUUCAUAGUGCAUUAUACUAUAAUUUAUCAUUAAAUGAAUAAUAUAACAUUAGUUGUACUAGUACAAAUGAAUUUUCAAUCUUAUCUUUUAAAAAUAACUUAUAUGCUUCCUUUUAAAAUAAUCCUUAUAGUUUUAAUAUCUUUUAAAAAGAUUAAUAGUAAGGAAUGUGGAAUUAUACUCUCCUUUAGAUAAAUAUUUAUAAUUAUUUGAAUAAUAAUUUAAAUCAAUUAAAUCAAAAUUUUCAAUUAAUAGUUAUUAAUAUAUAUUUAUAAAUUUCAAUGAACUAAACAUAAUUUAAUAAAAUAAAUGGAUUAGCUCUUACACUCUACAGUAAUGAUUUGAUAUUUAUACCUUUAAAUAUGACCGAUGUAACUAUGGGUUAAGUUGUAAAUUAUAGCAUUCUUGCUGUUUCUAAUACAAAUAAUUAAACCUACAUAACAAAUUAAUUUCAAAAUAAAUCGUAAUAUUUCAAUAAUUAGAUUGUAAAUGCUACACAAAUAGCUAGCUUUUGUGAUUCAUUAUUAUAUUAAAAUAUUUCUGGACUCUUUUAAAGUAGUUAUGUAAUAUUUGAUGGAUUAUUAUUAAAUAAUUAUUCCAAUUUGACAUUCACCGAAUGCCAAUCUUUAAGUGUAAGUGUUAAUGGUUUUGGAGUAAAUAUAAAUUCUAUUUGUAAAUUAAAUAAUAUUUAUACUGUAAUUUCAUAUUUUCCUGCAACUAAUGAUUUAAUAAAUAAAACUUCUUAAAUAUGCAACAAUUCAUAACCUUUAAACUUUUCAAAUAAUAUAUAUCAAAUAGAAAAUGCAAAUUUUAGUUCAAUAAUUAAGAGUUCACAAUUAAGUCAUUACUUAUUUAUCUUAGGUUAACUUGGAUUAAAUGAGAAAACAAGAUCAUUAUACAUUUACUCUCUAAAUUAUUUAAAUUAGAACUAAACUAUAAAUAAGCCAACACAUAAAAUAAAAUGUAGAGGAGGAAUUUCUGAUUAUAAUUAUACUAUUUUGUAGAAUAAGAGUCUAAUAAAUUCAACUUAUAGUGGAAGAGGUGUUAUCUUUUAUUUAUGUUAAUACCCCAGUUAAUUAAAAUAUGUAAAUUUUAAUAUCACUAAUACAACAAAUCUUACUUUUGCUAGAAGUUCAAAUCGUAUAUCAGAUCUAGUAACAUCAUAUGUAUAGGAAUCUAAUUCUAAUUUUUUGUAAAUUUUUAUAUAUCUUGUAAAAUUUGAUUAGAUUAUAUUAGUUUUAACAUCUGAAGACACUUAUAAUUUAGUUAUUAUUCUAAGUUAUAGUCCUUUAAGUUAUUCGGAAAAUUCCCUUUAAUUUGAAGAUGUCAUCGCUUAUAUUCCUCCUUAUGGCGCUUAUAACUAAAUUCCAAUUGGAGUCCUUCAAAAUUCGUAUUUAGCUUUACUAUUUCAAUUAAUUACUUAGGAAGGAUUUUAAAAUCUUAUUGCUAUUUAUAAUAUUUCUAAAAUUAGAUAAACUUAUAAUCUAUCCAAUUAUUUAAGUUAUAACAGUACUAUUUAAAUGGAAGCAGGUUAUAUCUUUAAUAAUGAAGAUAACUAUAUUCAAUAAAUUGCAUUAAUUAAUUAAUCUGACAAUAAUAAUUUUAAUGACAAUUUUAAUAAAGGAUAAUUUGUGAUGAUUUUAUCAAGUAGAACCAAAUUACUUAUUAAUACUACAUUAACAACCUUAGUUUUUGAUGAAAAUAUUUAUUUUAAUUGCACAAAUUUAAAUUAAUGCAAUGAAAAUAAGUAUUAUUAUUUAGUAGCUUCAAAUUCAUUUUAUAAUUACACAAUUCCAAUAACAAUUACAUUUAAACCAUUAAGUAACCUUUUUGUGGCAGGAGCCUUCUUGAUUUUAACAAUUAUCAUUUGUGUAAGUUUAGUUACUUGGUUUUGGAAGAAAAUUAAAGUACCUAAUCUGGAAGAGAAAAAAGAAUAAGAAGAUUAUUUAGAAAUAGAAAUGUGA